AUGCGUUGCCAGUCCUCUGGUCAGGAGUCGGUUUUUCAGCGCCGUUGGCCAGCCGUAAGCGAUGUUGUUCGGCGCUUCCUUAAUAUGGAACCCGUGCCUCCCGCUGAAUGGGUGAAACUUUUUGAGGAUGUUUAUCAAAUAAUAUCGUGGGAGGAAUCGGCUCAGGAUGAAAUGUUUCGAUCACUAACCGAAUCUAUUAAAGCCGCUAUUAAGCGAUCCCAACAGCGUGUUAUGCAAAGUCAAGAUGAAUCUUCCUUACUGAAAGCCUACAUCCAGGAAUGGGUAUUGUUUUCUGAAAAAAGUGAUAACUUACCGAAUCCCUUUGCCCCUCUGGAAAAUUGUCUUGGGGGCAAACACAACCUUAGUGGACCUAGCAAAAGAAAAUUGAAGUACAGUAUUGUUCGAAAGGUACUUCAACCUUUUCCAGUCAAUUCACUUCUCUCUAGUGCAUGUUAG